AUGACUUACAAGGCCGGCAUGACCCACAUCGUCCGCGACGUGGACCGGCCAGGCUCCAAGUUGCAUAAGAAGGAGGUGGCCGAGGCCGUCACCAUCCUGGAGGCUCCUCCGAUGGUCGUCGUCGGCUUCGUGGGAUACGUGGAGACGCCGCGCGGCCUGCGCGCACUCACCACGGUGUGGGCCAGCCACCUGAACGAGGAGUGCAGGCGCCGCUUCUACAAGGCGUGGCACAAGUCCAAGAAGAAGGCGUUCACCAAGUACAGCAAGAAGUGGGAGGAGGCCUCCAAGGCCGGCGGCGACGCGCCCAUGGCGGCGGAGGUCGCGCGUGCCAAGAAGUACUGCCAAGUCAUCCGGGCCAUCUGCCACACCCAGGUCACCAAGGUGAAGAUCGGCGCGAAGAAGGCCGUCAUCAAGGAGAUCCAGAUCAACGGCGGCACCACCGAGGCGAAGGUCGACUACAUCAUGGGCUUGUUCGAGCAGGAAGUGAAGGUUGCAGACGUGUUUAAGUCGAGCGAGAUGGUCGACUGCAUCGGGGUCUCGGCUGGCCGCGGCUUCAAUGGCGUCGUCACGCGCUGGGGCGUCACCCGGCUGGCGCGCAAGUCUCACCGCGGCCUGCGCAAGGUCGCGUGCAUUGGCACUUGGCAUCCAGCGAGGGUCCAGUUCCAGGUGCCUCGUUCCGGCCAGAAGGGGUACGGACACCGGACAGAGAUCAACAAGAAGAUCUAUCGCAUCGGCAAGAACGUCAAAGAGGAUCCCAACAGUGCCACGACCGAAAACGACCUGACCGAGAAGGGCAUCACCCCCCUGGGCGGCUUCUCCCACUACGGCGAGGUGAACGAGGACUGGGUCAUGGUGAAGGGCGGUGUCGUGGGCACCCGCAAGCGGGUGAUCACGCUCCGGAAGUCGCUGUUACCGCAAGUGAGGCGCAAGGCGCUGGAGGAGAUUGCCUUGAAGUUCAUUGACACGUCGUCCAAGAUGGGCCACGGCCGCUUCCAGACGGCAGAGGAGAAGGCGAAGUUCUUCGGCACGGCGAGCCAGCCGGCCAAGAAAGCCAAGAAGGAGAAGAAAGAGGACGCGGAGGCCCCAGAGGCGUGA